AUGCAGACGGUGAUAAGGUUCAAUAUCGCGCGCGCGAGUCUCGCAUCCGUCCCUUUCGCGCGGCCGAGCGCUUUCGAGUUUUCCCGUUCGCGUUCCAACUCAAAAUACGCCAAAAAUGACGUCGGGGCCAAAUGUUUCGAAAACAGUGUGCCGCGUUUCCGUCUGCGGGCGUCGCGCGCCCGCUCGCUAUUCGUCACUCGAAAUUUUCCAAUUCCGACGAGCGUGAAGUCGUCUUUAAUACGGUGCUCGAAUAUGGGU